AUGAUCGCUCUCAGACUGGUGAACAGCGACAGGCCGGAAGACAAGGCCCUGGUUGCCGAGAUGGCUCGCCAGGAGGGCCUCCUCGCCGCGGUCGCAAGAUUCGUCGACUACUCCCCCAACAUUGUGGUGAUUCCCGGGCCCACAGGCGUUCAAGAAGUAAACUUACUUCCGGACGUCUUCCUCUCCCUCCUCUCCCUGGAAGUCUUCCCCCCGGGCGCUCUCCCCUCGCCCAUCGUGUCCACUCUCGCCAGGCUUGCGGCCGGGAACCAGGCACCGGCCGUCCGCUCCAAGGCUGCGGACCUCCUCCGUCGCUUCAUCGCGGCCGGUUUGGUCUCCCCGGGGGACCUCGUGCCAGGGAGCGUGGUGCACGGCUUCGUCCACUUUGAGGCCGGGGUGCAGCUCCCGUGCGACCAGUGCGGGGCGCUGAAGGUCCCGGGGGAGCUGAAAAGGUGCUCGCGCUGCAAGUAA